AUGGCAUAUGAUGCCCAGCUCGAUCUGUCACGGCUCGCAUCAUCUCCUAAUGGGUCUGAUUUGGUUCCUUCAGUCGGUGCUAUCACCCAUCCCACACUGCUUGGACUCGGCCCCUACGACCUCUGCUCUCCUGGCGCCACCAUUGUUACCCACCCCGUGCCGCCUGGACUCGACCCCCGCGAAACUCGCUCUUGCGAUGCCGUCGCCGUCACCCACCCCACACCGCCUGGACUCAGCCCCCAUGACCCCCGCUCCCUUGGCACCACCGUCGUCACCCACUCCCCAUCACCCGGACUAAGCCCCUGCAACCCCCGCUCCCACAGCUCCGAUGCCGUCACCCAUCUCGUGCCACCCGGACUUGGCCCUCGUGACCCAUACUUCUGUGGUGUCGGUGCCGUCACCCACCCUGCACCGUCCGAACUCGACCCCUGUGACCUUCGCUCCUGCAGUGCCACCACCGUCACCCACCUUGCAUCAUUUGAACUUGACCCCCGCGACCCCUGCUCUCGCGGUGCCACCGCCGUCACCCACCUCAUGCCAUCCGUACUCGACCCUCGUGACCCUCGCUCCUGCGGUGCCGCCGCCAUCACCCAACCCCCACGACCCAGCCCCCGCGAUGCUGCCGCCCUCUCCAAGCCCCCGUGA